AUGAGCAGUGACCGCGCUAAUAACAACACGUUAGAGAUACCACAACUCCCCAUUCCCGGUGAGAACAAUUCUACGCUGGCGAACAGCGAGGCAAGAGUUCCCUAUGAUACGUCCAGACAGCAGGUAGCAGGCCCUGGAAAGACUGGGAUGGACUUGUAUUUUGAUCAGGCUUUGGACUAUAUGGGUCAGCACCCUUUAUUGACUGGAUUUGGUGCUUUUUUCACACUUUACGCAGUGGCUGGAGCUUACAAGUCGAUAUCUACAAAACUCAAUGGUGGUAAGGCCUCUCAGGCUUUCCUGAAAGGUGGCUUUGACCCCAAGAUGAACGCUAAGGAAGCUUUUCAGAUACUCAAUUUGAAUGAGGCCAAUUUGAACAAGAAGAAACUGAAAGAAGUGCACAGGAAGAUCAUGUUGGCGAACCAUCCAGAUAAAGGUGGUUCUCCCUACGUAGCAACUAAGAUCAAUGAGGCUAAGGAUUUCUUGGAGAAAAAGGUGUUGAGGAAAUGA